GCGGACUGCGUCCUUUCUACAUUUUUGGAGACCCAAGGGUGGAACCCCCCUUACCUUUACCGCAUGGAAAGGGAGUAGCCCUUUCUUCGGUCUCCUCACUGGGAGGCGGAGUGGCUCCACUGAAUCGGUGUAAAGUGACGGCUUUAGGGCUCGGAGACGGUGGGUAUCCCAUGGCUCCGCAGAGAGGUUCCCCUCAGCUGGUGCUGCUCUUCAGCGGGAAGAGGAAAUCAGGGAAGGACUUCGUGACCGAAAGGCUGCGGUGCAGACUUGGAGCUGAUGUCUGUGCUGUCCUCCGGCUUUCUGGUCCACUCAAGGAGCAGUAUGCUCAGGAGCAUGGCCUGAACUUUGAGAGACUCCUGGAUGCCAGCAGUUACAAAGAGGCUCAUCGGAGUGACAUGAUCCGCUGGGGGGAGGAGAAGCGCCGGGCUGAUCCUGGCUUCUUCUGCAGGAAGAUCGUGGAGGGCGUCUCCCAGCCAGUGUGGCUGGUGAGUGACACACGGCGGGUGUCUGAUGUCCAGUGGUUUCAAGAGGCCUAUGGUCCUGUGACACAGACGGUCCGAGUAGUGGCCUCGGAGCAGAGCCGACACCAGCGGGGCUGGGUGUUUAUGCCAGGGGUGGAUGAUGCUGAGUCAGAAUGUGGCCUGGACAACAUUGGGGGCUUUGACUGGGUCAUUGAGAACCAUGGAGAUGAGCAGCAGCUAGAGGAGCAGUUGGACAACCUGCUGAGAUUUAUCUACUCCAGACUCUAAGAGUCAGGCUCCAGGAGUGAACAAGAGCUGUGGGCCAGACUAAGGCUGACCUGUAGGUGCUGGGCCUCAGGCCUCACUGACUGUUAUACUAAGAUGCUGAAAAAUUAAAAUAAUUGAUUAAAGGUAAUUAGCAAAGAUAGUUAAAAGGAUAGUUAUAAGCAGUAUUGUCAUUCUGUACUGAGCUUGUUACCCUAGUAACCAAGUGCCAACCACAUAGUUAGAGAUUAACUGGCUGUGUCGUUAUGCUGUUCUAUACGUGUCGCCCCCCCAAGUAACCUAUGUGCUAUGUCAACCUUUGUUCCGCUUGUAAGAGACAGAUGAUGCUGUGUCAACCAUUGUUCCCUUUAUGAGAGACAAAUGUUCCUGGAAUUGGCAGACCAGGGGCUAUGAAUUGGCUAACCACCCACUGUGAAAUGCCUCUGACCUCAAGCAAAGGGGAACAAAGGCCUACCUUGUUUCUGUUUCUCAUUACUAUGUACUUAAUGAUCAAUGAGCUAAUCAUAAACAAACUAUAAAAAUCAGUCAAAAUUCUAACUCAGUUACACAGCUUUGCAAAUUCUAUCUGCACUGUGUUGCUGGGCCAGCUAAAAUAAAAGCACUUCUUUUAAAAAGA